GGCACGCCUGCGCAGCCCGAGGCGUUUUAAGCCCCAGCAGCCCCGCAGUGCCGCGCAGAGUCGAGCGGCGGCAGGAGAUGCCUGACGCUUGGUUCUGGUGAGCCAUUUGCGACGCGAUGGAGCGAGCAAGGGAUCGCUUACACCUGAGAAGAACCACUGAACAGCACGUGCCAGAGGUGGAAGUCCAGGUCAAACGUAGAAGGACAGCCUCACUGAGCAACCAGGAGUGUCACUUGUACCCACGGCGUUCUCAGCAGCAGCAAAUUCCUGUGGUGGAUUUCCAGGCAGAAUUGAGACAGGCUUUCUUAGCUGAGACACCAAGAGGUGGUUAAGAAAAACAGCAACAAAG